UAACCCAUUUUGUGACAUCUAGGGAAAAAAAUAUUCUUCUUGUCUCCCUCAAGUCAAUUGAUAUAUUUGGAGCAGAUGGGACUCAGACUUCAGAACAAUUGUGCAUAUCAUCUCCUCCUUCUAUAUCCCCAUAUUUUCUUCUCCAACAAGAGUAAAUGGAAACAAGCACAAAGAACUCUCUUCACAUUCGGUGCAACAGUUUACCCUCUGCACCUCACCCACUUGUAUCACAAUUCGACGAGCACUUGCAGAGAUUGAAGGACUCUGAAGCCACCAUCACUUCUUUGUCAUCAUCUUCAAUAACCCAAAAACUAAUUGGCUUGCAGGAUUUGCAUGACUAUGCUGAUAAGUUGCUCCAGUUGCCCACAACCCAACAAGCCUUUGGACACAAAUGCAGUGACAAGUGGGUUGAUGUCCUAUUAGAAGGGUCUCUGGGGCUUCUUGAUAUCUGUAGUACAGCCCAAGAUUGCCUCUUGCAAUCAAAGGAAAGUGUUCACAUGGUUCAGUCAGUAAUUCGAAGGAAGUGCCCUGACACUGAAUUCGCAGUUGAGGGUGGAAAAUACUUGGCAUCAAGGAAAAAGAUGAAGAAGGCAAUUCAAAAGGCCUUAGGCAAUUUGAAAGGAAUGAAAAAUGAGUUAAUGGAUUCUUCCUCAAGCAAUGAUAGCGAGGUUUUGUUUAUCCUUGGCAUCUUAAAAGAAGCAGAAGCAGUCACCAUGAGGUUGUUAGAAUCUUUGUUGAUGUUUGUCUCUGACACCAAGGGACAAUCAAAGCAGAGAAGAUGGUCAAUAAUCUCUAAGCUGAUGCAGUCUGAUAGAAUGACUUGCGACUCUCAAGAAUCAGAAACAAAUGAAUUUGCAAAGGUGGAUACGACUUUGCAAUCUCUCAUCAGUCACAAGCCCUUAUCUAUUGAAAAUUUUCACAGCCAUAUGGAAAAUUUGGAGACAUGCAUUGAGGAUCUAGAAGUAGGUGUUGAACACCUUUCAAGGAAACUCAUUAGAACAAGAGUUUCCCUACUUAACAUCUUCAGCCACUAGUUAGAGAACAAAUCUAAGUGUCGAACCGAAGUUCAAUUUUUGUCCCUCAGUUGUACAUAGAUGUGAUUAAAAGUUGAUAUUAAAUACAAUAUUACCAAAGGAUCAAACUAUA